GAAAGUAGGUUAGCAGGGUAGACUGAGAGGAAAGCAGGCGGAUAGAGAGGGAGGGGGGAUCCAAACAUCGCUCCUUCAUCGUUAGGAUCCGAUCUGUCAAAAAAAAAAAAAAAGUUGAAGCGAAGCUGCUCCUCGGUGCGCACAGACGGCUACAAUGAGAUCAGAAGCGAUUUUCUUCACUCUUUUAUUUUGCUCGAACUUGAUCGAGCGAUAAUUGAAAGGAGUUUUCCCAUUUUCUAUCUUUGUGUGUUUUUCCUCAGCGCAUUUGGGACUAAGUUAAUAUUUAUAGAGCCAGUUCAGCCAGGCUCCAGCGCUUUUAUUCACACUGUUUUCCAUCACUGAAUUCAUGAAGCCGAGUCUUCAACGCCCUGUUCAGAAUUAAAGAAAACAUCAACAUGAGAGCUCAAAUCGAGAUAAUCCCCUGUAAGAUCUGUGGGGACAAGUCCUCAGGGAUCCACUAUGGAGUCAUCACCUGUGAAGGCUGCAAGGGUUUCUUCCGUCGUAGCCAGCAGAACAAUGCGAUGUACUCUUGUUCCCGACAGAGGAACUGUAUGAUUGACCGAACAAACCGCAAUCGCUGCCAGCAUUGCCGUCUACAGAAGUGUCUGGCUUUGGGCAUGAGCCGAGAUGCUGUGAAAUUUGGCCGCAUGUCAAAGAAGCAACGCGACAGCCUCUACGCCGAGGUCCAAAAACAUCAGAAGUCUCAAGAAUGUGUGGGCUCCAGUGGACCCACUGUGCUGUCUCUACCCAGGGAGGAUGGAGGCUGUGGCAGCGGGGCGGACGACGGUGAAGAGGGCUUGAGCCAAACCUACAGCAGUGUAGGUUCCACCUCAACCCUUAGCGACCUGGACGACAUCGCUGCGCUGCCCGAUCUGUUCGACCUGCCGCUGACGCCUGAGGAGGCCAGCGAGUACUGCAGCCUGGAGCUGCUGGGAGGUGGAGGAACCAGCACCGGAAGCACAUCCAACUCUUCAUCCUCAUCUUCUGCUUCCUUAUCCAACCACAACUCCCCACAGCAGACCAUAAUGGACACAGGAGACAGCUGUGGGAGUCAGCUUCUGCUUACACACUCGCUUCUAGGACGCAGACACUCAUCUUUGGACCAUCUGCCUGAAGACUUCUCAAUAACAGACCUUGAGCACAUCACUCAGAGUAUUGUCAAGUCACACUUGGAAACAUGUCAAUACAGCGCCGAAGACAUGAAGAGAUUCACCUUGGUACAUUACACACCCGAAGAAACACGAGGUUUUCAAAACAAGUCAGCGGAGUGGAUGUGGCAGCAGUGUGCACACCACAUCACCAAUGCCAUCCAGUACGUGGUGGAGUUUGCCAAGCGCAUCACAGGUUUCAUGGACCUGUGCCAGAAUGAUCAGAUUAUAUUACUAAAAGCAGGUUGUCUGGAGGUCCUACUCAUACGCAUGUGCCGCGCCUUUAACAGCAACAACAGCACCAUCUUCUUCAACGGAAAAUUUGCCCCAGCUCAGUUCUUCAAAGCUCUCGGGUGUGAUGAUCUGGUGAAUGCCGUGUUUGAGCUUGGAAAGGGACUUUGUCGUCUUCAGCUCUCAGAUGAGGAGAUGGCCCUGUUUAGCGCUGCUGUUCUUUUAUCGCCUGAUCGACCCUGGCUGUCAGAUAGUCAGAAUGUUCAGAAACUCCAAGAGAAAGCCUACCUGGCUCUGCAGCACAGUCUACAGAAGAGUGGAGCUUCUGAGGAGAAAUUAGACAAGAUGUUGUCGAAGCUGCCUGUAAUGAAGUCCAUCUGUAACCUCCACGUUGAUAAACUGGAGUUUUUCCGUUUGGUGCACCCAGAGACUGCCUACAGUUUUCCACCUCUGUACCGGGAAGUUUUUGGUAGCGAAAUGCCUCUGCCGGAUUCCACCGACAGCUAAAUACAGAGAUAAAACUAGAGAGGAUUCUAGAAAUUAGAGGAGGCAAACGUGAGACAGAGAACAACAGAAACCAGCAGUUAAAGAGACAAUCAAGGACUAUAAAUACUCAGUCUCCCUAAGUAGUCCUCCACUAUCCCAGCAGGCAAAGCACCUUACACUACAUACCAUAGAUACUUCUGCUCAACUGCAAAUUGUAGCAUUGUAAAUCAGUGCUCGGGCAUCUUAUUAAAAUCACAGCAGCCCACAUGGCAUGUUAAAAGCUCCAAGCUCUAAAAUAUAUUAAAGUAUGGAUCCACUGGGGAUCACCGAACUAGUUAUGAAUGUAUCUCUUUUAUUAGCACCAGUGCACAAAUAAGAACCAAACAAUGAUGAAUGUACAAACCUGCAAAUCUAAAACAAAGUUUCUCACAUAGAACUGGCAAGAAGUUGAUGAAUAUUACUGCAGAUGUUAGGCAAAAGCUCUCGAUAUUAUACAUCUCAGAGGGAUGCACAUGCAUUUUCACGCACCCUUUCACUGAUUCUCAUUUAGGGACCAAGAUCACAGAUCAGAGCUUCCUCUGAUAUGCAUAGAAACCAGUUGACUCAAACAAAUUGACUCACUGUCUAGAGUCAAGACAGCAAUCAGUUUAACUCACAGUAAGUAGUAUUAGGUGCUGCCUUUUCGUGGGCUUUUGUAAUGCAAUGAAAAAAACCUCAGUCCCUCAAACCCCCUUCCUUGUAAAUGCCACUUAGAGACAGGAAAAGAUAAAACUAUCUUUAAUUUAUAUACACAUUUAUAUAUAUAUAUAAAAAAAAAGAUAUUUUAAAUAAGAAUGUAAAUAGAUAUCUAUGUGAGUAUAUGGAAAGAGUAAUGGACGGAGAAAAAGGAGUAAAGUGGACACGGAGGCACAACUGAUGUUUGGACUCAGAUCUUUUUUGUAUAUUUUAUUUUUUUUUUCUGGAUGAGUUUUCCUCUUUUGGCAGAAUUCUCAGGUUUCCACUGCAGCAAACCCCUCUUGGCACAACAGCAAAGGGACAGCCAGUCUGCCAGUGAGGGGGUGGACACUUGUUGCAGAUUUAUCCUAGCAAGCAGGAGGCAGCAAACUUGCACACAGUAAAGAAAGACGAAGGAAAAGAAAGAACUGCUGACUCCCCCUCUCUGACAGAGACAUGAGGACAAGCGCGGGCACUAAGCGACAGAGAGGGCAAGCCAAAAGAUGACUUAAUGGACUAUAUAAUGACAGGGGGUAACACUGUCUGGUGUUUCUGACUGUCAUUCAGUACGGCAGGAGUACAUUGAUGUAACUGUGUUUUGCUGAAAGUGUUUUUGUUAGCUCAAGGCUGGGUUUGCAAUGGUCCAUAUGCAUCAUAAAAACCUCUCUGCUGGUUGGUGCAACUGUAUUAUUUUGUACAUUUGGAGUUUCUCUCCUUUAGUCCUACACCCAACACUUUUCCAAAUAUCAAGCACUUAUACUUUCCUCUUCCUCACUUGACACUAGUCCAAGGCCAGACAGAGCUACCAGCUGCCCCCCUGAGUUUUGCUUCCAUGCCAGUAAGACUUCGGUUAGUCUGUUUUGUUAUUAUUAUUUUUGUUCCAUGUCUGAAACAAAAUCAGCCAUACCUGUUUACAGUUCAUUCAUGUACAUAACACACUGUUAAGGUUAUUAUAAUGUCUUACUACGGACGUGCUACUUGCUGCUCAGGGAGAUAGCUGUAAUCUCUUGUCCCUUUAUUGCAAGUGUCAUCUUUUUAGCCUUGUACUCCUCACAUCUUUGCAUCUAAGACCCAUAACCAUAAUCACUGUGGACGUAAGCUCUAUUUUUGUGAAUGUUAACCACAGAAAGUGUCAAAGCCCCUCUUUGUUUGUCCUAAUGUUGUAACCUUCAAGUUCAGAUUCAUAGAAU